CCUGGAAGACACGAUAGCAGGUGCCCAUGGAAGUUUAGCAGACCAUGGCCUUGUCAAUAGCUCUACCCUUGCUGGGGUCCUGUGGAAGUCCCACCCAUGGUGGAAGCCUUCUGAUGCUCCUCCUUAGUCUUGGGUGGAUGUCACCUCUGAGUGCCCAGACUACGGAGACAGGACAGGAGGCUGCACUUCUCCAUGCUGUACUGGCUGGUACCCAUGACUUUGCCAGCCUCACAUGUGAGGAGGUGGCUGGCCUGAACAUGGAGCGUGUCUGGGUGUUGGCCAUGACUGUGAGGCAGAAGAACAUCACGCUCCGGGUAGAUCAGCUGCGCUGUCUGGCACAUCGCCUUCCUAAGCACCUCACUCCUGAGGACCUGGAUGCCCUCCCACUGGACCUGCUGCUCUUCUUCAACCCAGCCAUGUUCCCAGGACCCCAGGACUGUAUCCAUUUCUUCUCCUACAUCUCCAAGGCCAACGUGGAUGUGCUCCCACGGAGAGCUCUAGAGCGCCAGAGGCUGCUGCCUGCAGCUCUGGCCUGCCAGGGCAUACAUGGGUUUCGAGUGAGUGAGGAGGAUGUGCAGGCUCUGGGAGGCCUGGUCUGUGACCUGCCUGGGCAAUUCGUGGCUGAAUCUUCGGAAGCCCUCCUCCCCUAUCUGGCAGGCUGCCAGGGACCCUUGGAUCAGGACCAGGAAGCAGCAGCCAGGGAGGCUCUUCGGGAUGGAACACCCCCCUAUGGCCUACCAUCAAGGUGGUCAGUAUCCACCCUGGAUGCUCUGCAGGGCCUCCUGACUGUGUUGGAUGAGCCCAUCGUUCAUAGCAUCCCCAAGGGUGUCAUAGCCGCAUGGCUGCAACACACCUCCUGGUAUCCCUCCUGGCUUGGACCUGAGUUGACUGCUGUGCUCCCAAGGUUCCGGCGGGAUGCAGAGAAGAAAGCCUGCCCUCCAGGGCGGGAGCCGCACAAGGUGGAUGAAAACCUCAUCUUCUAUCAAAAUUGGGAGCUAGAGGCCUGUGUAAAUGGUUCCAUGCUGGCCUCCCAGAUGGAUAUUGUGAAUGAGAUUCCCUUCACAUAUGAGCAGCUCAACAUCUUCAAACACAAACUAGACAAGACCUACCCACAAGGUUACCCCGAGACCUUGAUCCAGCAGUUGGGCUACUUUUUCCGCUAUAUCAGCCCAGAGGACAUCAACCAGUGGAAUGUGACCUCACCAGAGACUGUGAAAACUCUGCUCAAAGCCAGCAAAGGACAAAAGAUAUAUGCUCAGGUGACUGCCCUGAUUACCCGAUAUCUCCUGGGAGGUGGCCAGCUGGAUGAGAACAUACUGAAAGCCCUGACUGACAUCCGUUCCACCUACCUAUGUGACCUCAGUCCCCAGGAGCUGGGUUCCAUACCUCCCAGGGUCAUGUGGCUGGUUGGGCCCCACGACCUCGACAAAUGCAGCCAGAAGCACCUGGAAGUCCUCUACCCCAAGGCCCACUUGGCUUUCCAGAACAUGAGUGGGUCAGAAUACUUUGGGAAGAUACAGGCCUUCCUGGGUGGGGCCACCACAGAAGACCUACGGGCCCUCAGCCAGCAGAAUGUGAGCAUGGAUUUAGCCACUUUCAAGAAGUUGCCAGUGGAGGUCCUGGUGGGACUGACUGUGGCUGAAGUACAGAAACUUCUGGGGCCACAUAUUGUAGGCCUGAAGGCUGCGGAGGAUAAGAGCCCUGUGAGGGACUGGAUCUUCCACCAGCAUCAGGAAGAUCUGGACAGGCUGGGGCUAGGACUCCGUGGUGGCAUCCCCAAUGGCUAUCUGGUCCUGGACUUCAGUGUCCGAGAGGCUAUAUCCAGUGGAGCCCCACUUCUUGGACCUUGCAUUAUACUUGCAUGGAUCCCAGCUCUGCUCCUGGCCUUGAUGCUGAGCUGAGACCUCCAAUCCUGAGGGUCCUGGUUCUAAUCCUACUGUGGAACUCCGUUCUGGGUCAUGGGGUCACUGUCCAAACUUGAGGGCACGUGAGCACAAUAAAUGAUGCCCCUUGAGACAUGUUCUGUAGUAGUCCUAAGACCAGGCGAGAGAA